CAUGCGGCUUGGCGUGUUAACGACAUACGUAGUUGUGUUAAUGAGAAAGCCAGUAAUGGUAUUAACCUCUUCACUCUUUUACGCCGGUCCCCAAGGUGGAAGGGUGCCUUAACGGAUAUUCAAAUACUAGUGUGUGAGCGCCUGAAUCUUGAAUAUAAAACAAAUAUACUUCGGUUGCAUAAUGGAGUUCCGCCGACAAGAAAGACAAUGGUUGACACAUCUACUAAUUAUUGUCGGACUGUGCUUCUCUAUCAGCCAGACUGGUGAAGAGAUGCUGACACAGGUUGUUGGAAAAUCCAUCACAUUUUCUAAUCCAACAAAGCAAGGUGGCUCUUUAUUAUAUAAUGGUGAUAAUAUAGCUGUGGUGGUUGAAGGAAGAAUGGACUCAUCCUAUAAAGACAGUUUCAAAGACAGAAUUCAGUGGGACCAAGAGACUGGACAGUUCACCAUCAAAGAUCUAACAACCAGUGAUUCAGGGAUGUAUGUUGUGGAUGGAAAGGGAGGUGCCAAGACAACAUAUCAACUCACUGUGUUUGAUCCUGUUUCCAGGCCCAUGUUGACAACAGCAGAUAAUGAGACCUGUUCAGUGGAGUGUUCUGUAAAGAAUGACAGAGAUGUGACCCUUUCCUGGUACAGUGGAGAGGAGAUAAUCAACAAGACCAGCAGUCCUGAACUUUCCAUCAAGCUCUCUCUCCCUCUGGUGGACAUACUGAACAGGACUUCAUACAUAUGUGAGGCUGCCAACCCUGUUACCAAGGUGCAUGUGACGUUUCAUGUUCCAACAACCUGUACAGAGACAAAAGUGACAGAUAAUGAUAUUGAGAGGGUCCGUGGGUCUCUUAUUGGAGCUGUAAUGUGUGUUCUGGUUGCUUCGGGAGUGCUUGGGCUUGCAAUCUAUCUUAAGAAAGGAAGAAAUAGAGACGUACAAGAUUCAUCUGAAAGAGAGCAAGCUGUUCAUAUGUACGCGGAAGUAACUCACAGUAAACCAAAACAUAAUCAGGAACUGGGUCCAUGUAAUGAGGACCUUGAAGUGAAAUCAGUUUAUGAUCACAUCCAGUUACAUCGCAUGGAUAUCUUAAGUGGUAAUGUCUAAACUGCACGAUAGAGAGUGGAAACAAGAAGUUUACUUACAGGCCGGCAUGCUAACCCACAUUCUGGAGAGCUGUAUAUGUCAUAAAGAGAAUGUUCCAGAAAAAAAUUAAGGAAAGGGAGAAGUCCAGAAGAGCUAGUGGAGGGAAAAAUCUCCCUUUAACCAUUGCAGUAUGUCAUUUUUUCUGUUAAUUGUUGACAUUAUCUUUAUUGGUUCCUGUUGUUUGUGUCACGAGAACCGCAAUGACAUCCACUUAUAUGGGCCAUUUCAAUAUCUCUUGCCCUGCCUCGUGUUAUACCAGUAGGAAUGAUUCCUCUUUUCAUGGGUCUAUUGUUCCAAUUUAUAUGUUAAAACAAAUUAAACUACAUUUUGUAAUUCUAUACACUAUUUGGUUUGCUCUGCUACUUCUAUACCAAAAAAGAUUUUCUGUUUAGUUGCAUCCCCUGCUUGUAUUUUAGAGCUGCUGAUUGCUUGUCUUGUCAGUUAACACCAUCUAUGUACAUAACAAGCAGCUGUUUCAUUAGAAGUAUGGAAUUAUUGACGUUGGAUGCUUAAGUCUCAUAACAAGAUGGUCGGGGUGCAUUCAAGAACUCCAACAUCCUCCAGCAGUGGUCACCCACUAUAAACAGAAACUAACACAUUUCCACCCCCACAGUUAUUUACACGUUGCAAUACUCAACUUUGCUACUUCUUCAUCUGUCACAGUAUUGUUACUUUAAUGAAAUUAUAAGUAGAACUAAAAGUACAGGUGUAAAAAACACCAUUUAACACUCAGGGUAAAAGUGCAAGUAAGUUACUUGUAAAAUAAUUAGCAAUUCAAUUUUUAUGGUUAUUUGUAUUCUUGUACAAGAAUGGAAGUUCAUGUGAAAGGUGUGUGGCAAUUGAAUGCAAGCUUCACAAACAAAUGAAUAUCAAUAAAUGUACAUUUCAAUAUA